AUGUCUGGCGGCAUGCACCACCCGAAGUCCCGACGCGGGCACCCAGACCUCAAACCCGAUGUGCCCACCGUGCUUGCUCCCUCCGACACUGUCUCCAUGACUGGACGACCGACAGCAUCGGACGCCGCCAGACCCCUGAGUGUCCGCUCAAGACAGAGCGGCACGCCACAAUCCGAGCUAGAGGGGCAUCCUUCCCUUCCAGCCUCGGCCCCCGAAAUCUCGCAUCUCCCUGGGAUGCUUGCAUCCCCAGCCGUGCCGACGCGAGUGGGUUUAUCCCAGUCGGCACGAGACAGCCCGGCUCUGCCGGAGAAGCCGUCCUAUGGACGAGAGAACUCCUUGAUCGAUUUGGAUAUUGCUGCUGAGAGCCAGUUCGAAGCUCAUCAGCGCAGUGGAUCUACCGUUCCGGUGAUUUGUUCAUUGGUUAGUCAGGAUCAAUCUGUCAGCGACCAAGAAACCGUUGCUUCACAGACUUCCACAACCAUGUCGCGCGCCAUGCAAGGCAUGAGUGUCACGGAAUUGGUGAGCUUUGCGCGGCGCCACCAGGCUAUUGCGCAGGAAGCUUUAGCUGCGGCCGCAGAUCGUGAUCUUAGUUCACAGGGCAGUGGACAGGAUCCGUACGAGGAUAUUGAUUUCAGUCGUUUAGAUGAUAGAAUGGCCAACUUUAAUGAACAGAUAGUAAACAGUGAGACGUCCCCCGUUCCGUUCUCGUCCUCCCUUCAGGUGUUAGAGUCGAUCUACCUGUCCCCAGCCCGAGUCAGCCCGGCCGUCCCCUGCGAUGUUGGCCCAUCCCAUCGUUCAAAGGGCAAGGGUCCUGAUCCUCGUAACUGGGGAGGUCUGUCGGACCAGUUGUCUGAGCAUGAUCUUGAUGCUCAGCGCGCUGCGUUUGCGAACUUCGAUGAGAUCAGAAAACACAUGAAGCAGGAGGACAGUUACUUACCGCCGUCUGUCUCGGUUCGGCAUGACAGCCGCAGAUCUCUGACCACCAUCUUGUCGGAGCAGAAUUUGAAUAUGCAUAAUGGAAACGCCUCUGGGUGCAAUGACCAGAGCAUUGAGGAACGUUUUGUUGACUUGCAGCGCCAAAUUGACAGCCUGCAUAGAGCUGUGACGGAAUCUCGGGCCUCGACGCCCGUUAAGACGCUGAAUGCCAAGGACAAGCGAGCUGAAAGCUUGUCCCAGGCCCAGACUGCUGUGAAGAACAGCAUCGAACGUCAUAUCAGCAUUGAUGUUCCGCCGACCCGGGCCCAGACAGACGCACGUGAGAGGACUCCUGCGGCUCGCACCGGGGCGGGAAGCUUCAUCGAGCGUGCCUUGCGUGAUGUUGAUAGCUUUGGCGGACCCCCUCCACCCGAGCCGCCGUCCAGCAAUCCCUCGGAUGUCGGAAGUCGGAGCCCGGCCCCAAUGCCACAUCGUUCCAACCAAACAGAGACUGUGAACGUCUCAAUGAAUGAACCAAAGAUGAUCUUGAAGCCAAUUCCGCCGAAGGAAUAUGAUGGAUCGCCUAAUGCGGUAGCGUUCCACCGAUUUGUGAAAGAGGGAACAGCUUACCUAAAGCUCGGCCGCGUCCCCGCUGAUGAACGAGCGUUCUACUUGUCGUAUUUCAUGUCUGGCCGUGCACGAGAGUUCUAUAACAGUCGCGUGGAGAAUGAUGAACAUACCUGGACGUUGUCAGAAUUCUUCUGGGGUCUGUUCAAUUUCUGUUUCCCUGUGAACUUUCGUGAGAAACAGCGCUCGAAGCUGAACGCGUGUAAACAAGAUGACAAAUCUGUAUUAGUCCAUAAGGCCGAGUGGGAGCAAAUCUUCAAUACCAUCGGUCUGGAAGUGAACCAAGAGAAAGUCGUGAUGUUUUGUCGCAGCUUGAAGACGUCGAUUCGCAAGGAAAUGUUCCGUGCGAAUCUGGAUCCCGAAACGUCGACCUGGAGUGAUGUUACUCGCGGUGCUGAAGCUGCCGAAGUAAUUGUAAAUCUUGACCUUGAGGAUGCCGACAGUGAUGGGACUGAGGCACCGAAACCCCAGUCCAAGUGGAAGAGAAAUGUAUUGGCUCCAGAUUCAAAUGAGAAGCGCCAAAACGGAGGGCGAGCUUUCUCGGUGUCAAGUGCUGCGGUCGAAACCCCGAAGAAGGACCAGAACGAGAAGGUGUGGGACUACGUGACGCGUGACGGCAAAAAGUUGCCUGCCAAGACUCGAGCUACGUACCUGAGCGAGGGACGUUGCUUCGAGUGUGGAGAACGCGGGCACUUGUUUCGAAACUGCCCUGAUGCUCUUGACUUUUCCGCCUCGCAGUGGAUCUGGACGACCGAUGUUUCCGGCGGCCAGGCACCUGUGAGCACCCGCGCGUUCCGCAACAAAUUUGUUGCACCCGCCGGAAAGACGCCUGUGGAGGCGGACAUUAUCAUCACUGCCGACAACUUCUUCAGCUUAUAUGUGAACAACAACCUCGUCGGAACGGGCUCCGACUGGACCAAGCCCGGGCGAUUCUAUGUCCCGCUCAACGACUGGUUGAAUGUCUUCGCAGUCAACGCUACGAACGGAGGGUUGCUAUCCAACCCGACCGCACCCAAUCCGGCCGGGCUGCUCGUCGCCAUUCAAAUCAGCUACUCGGAUGGAACGACGUCGCAGAUCGUGUCAGACGCGACCUGGCGCGGCGCCAUCACAUUCCCGAGCAACUACCCGUCGCUUUCAUUCGACAACAGCUUGUCCCCUCCGUGCCCCCCCGCGCUGACGCUCGACGGCGCGGCCUGGAUCUGGACGACGGAGGUGUCCGGAGGCAACGCCCCACCCGGGACCCGCGCGUUCCGCCGCACCUACACGGCCCCUGCCGGGCAAGUGACUGCGUCCGCGACGGUGAUCAUCGCCGCGGACGACCAGUACACGCUCUACGCCAACGGGUUCGCGGUCGGCUCCGGGACGAGCUUCAGCACGGCGCAGACCUGGAGCAUCAACCUCAGCGCCGCGCAGCAGGUCGUCUUCGCCGUGGUGGCGACCAACAUCCUCACCGUCCCGAACCCCGCGGGCCUCAUUUUCGCGGCGGAGAUCAACCUCGUGCAGACGUCGUGCAAUUGCACCGGUGAAGCGUACCUUGCCAGCGAUGGAUCCUGGCUGUGGCCGGGAAGUGCGUCACUUCCGCCCGGGUUCCAGACUCCCGGUUACAACAGCUCGUCCUGGACGGCCGUCACCACAGAAGGGGUGAACGGGGCUGCUCCCUGGGGCACAAUCGCCGUUUCUCCGUCGACGGGGACAGUCAAUGCUUUUUGA